CCCUGCUCUGGCUCUCCAGCAUCCUCACUCCGCCCAGUUCCGUGCCAGCUGCGUGGGCUCCGGCUUCGUGCGGGUUUUUUUCCCCUUGGAAUGCUCCAAAACUCGGCAGCGACUACGGAAACCCCAUCGGAACUGACCGGCUGCUCUGGCGCCCAGCGCACCACUGGUGCUGCGCGCCGACCGAGCCCACCGCAGCCACUUCAGCCACCGGAUUGCAACUUUGCAGAGAUGAUGGACUAGCAUGGCCUAAAGCAUGGCUCAGUUCUAUUACAAAAGGAAUGUCAACGCCCCCUACAGAGACCGCAUCCCCCUGAGGAUUGUCAGAGCAGAAUCUGAACUCUCACCUUCAGAAAAAGCCUACUUGAAUGCAGUGGAAAAGGGGGACUAUGCAAGUGUCAAGAAGUCGCUUGAGGAAGCAGAGAUUUAUUUUAAAAUCAACAUCAACUGCAUUGACCCUCUUGGAAGGACUGCUCUUCUCAUUGCCAUUGAAAAUGAGAACCUGGAACUGAUUGAACUGUUGUUAAGUUUCAACGUCUAUGUGGGUGAUGCACUGCUUCAUGCUAUCAGAAAGGAGGUGGUUGGAGCUGUGGAGCUGUUGCUGAACCACAAGAAGCCAAGUGGAGAGAAGCAGGUGCCUCCCAUUCUCCUGGAUAAGCAGUUCUCUGAAUUCACUCCAGACAUUACACCUAUCAUCUUGGCUGCACAUACAAAUAAUUAUGAGAUAAUCAAACUUUUGGUUCAGAAAGGUGUCUCGGUGCCCAGACCCCAUGAGGUUCGCUGUAACUGUGUUGAGUGUGUCUCCAGCUCAGACGUGGACAGCCUCAGGCACUCACGGUCCAGGCUCAACAUCUACAAGGCAUUGGCCAGUCCCUCACUCAUUGCCCUAUCAAGUGAAGAUCCUUUCCUUACUGCCUUUCAGCUAAGCUGGGAGCUGCAGGAACUGAGCAAGGUGGAGAAUGAAUUCAAGUCAGAAUAUGAGGAGCUGUCUAGACAAUGCAAACAAUUUGCUAAGGACCUCCUAGAUCAGACACGGAGUUCCAGAGAGCUAGAAAUCAUUCUUAAUUACCGCGAUGACAAUAGUCUGAUCGAAGAACAGAGUGGAAAUGAUCUUGCGAGGCUAAAAUUAGCCAUUAAGUACCGUCAAAAAGAGUUUGUUGCCCAGCCCAACUGCCAGCAGCUGCUCGCAUCCCGCUGGUACGAUGAGUUCCCAGGCUGGAGGAGAAGACACUGGGCGGUGAAGAUGGUGACGUGUUUCAUAAUAGGACUGCUUUUCCCCGUCUUCUCCGUGUGCUACCUGAUAGCUCCUAAAAGCCCACUUGGACUGUUCAUCAGAAAGCCAUUUAUCAAGUUUAUCUGCCACACAGCCUCCUAUUUGACCUUUUUGUUCCUGCUGCUGCUUGCCUCUCAGCACAUCGACAGGUCAGACUUGAACAGACAAGGUCCACCACCAACCAUCGUGGAGUGGAUGAUAUUACCGUGGGUCCUGGGUUUUAUAUGGGGAGAAAUUAAGCAGAUGUGGGACGGUGGACUUCAGGAUUACAUCCAUGACUGGUGGAAUCUAAUGGACUUUGUGAUGAACUCCUUGUAUUUGGCAACAAUCUCCUUGAAGAUUGUCGCAUUUGUAAAGUACAGUGCUCUGAACCCACGGGAAUCAUGGGACAUGUGGCACCCCACCCUGGUGGCAGAGGCUUUAUUUGCCAUUGCAAACAUCUUCAGCUCCCUGCGCCUGAUAUCACUGUUCACUGCAAAUUCUCAUCUGGGACCUCUGCAGAUAUCUCUAGGAAGAAUGCUUCUGGACAUCCUAAAAUUCCUAUUCAUAUACUGCCUCGUGCUGCUAGCAUUUGCAAAUGGCCUAAAUCAACUGUACUUCUACUAUGAAGAAACAAAGGGGUUAAGCUGCAAAGGCAUACGCUGUGAGAAACAGAAUAAUGCAUUUUCCACGUUAUUUGAAACUCUACAAUCCCUGUUUUGGUCAAUAUUUGGACUCAUCAAUUUAUAUGUUACCAAUGUCAAAGCCCAGCAUGAGUUCACCGAGUUUGUUGGCGCUACCAUGUUUGGGACAUACAAUGUCAUCUCCUUGGUCGUCCUAUUGAACAUGUUAAUUGCUAUGAUGAAUAAUUCUUACCAACUAAUUGCUGACCAUGCAGAUAUAGAAUGGAAAUUUGCUCGAACAAAGCUUUGGAUGAGCUACUUUGAAGAAGGAGGCACUCUCCCCACACCUUUCAAUGUCAUCCCAAGUCCUAAAUCCCUGUGGUACCUGGUCAAGUGGAUAUGGACACAUCUGUGUAAGAAAAAGAUGAGAAGAAAGCCAGAAAGCUUCGGAACAAUUGGGCGGCGAGCUGCUGAUAACCUGAGACGACACCACCAAUAUCAAGAGGUGAUGAGGAACCUGGUGAAGCGAUACGUGGCAGCCAUGAUCAGAGAGGCAAAAACGGAGGAAGGCCUGACUGAGGAGAAUGUCAAGGAACUAAAGCAAGACAUUUCUAGCUUCCGCUUUGAAGUUCUGGGAUUGCUCCGAGGAAGCAAGCUCUCGACAAUACAGUCAGCCAACGCGGCGAGUCCGGCAGAAUCCGACGAAAAGAGCCAUAGUGAAGGUAAUAGCAAGGACAAGAAAAAGAAUCUCAGCCUCUUUGAUUUAACCACUCUGAUCCACCCGAGGUCAGCAGCCAUUGCCUCCGAGAGACAUAACAUAAGCAAUGGUUCCGCCCUGGUGGUGCGGGAGCCGCCCAGGGAGAAGCAGAGAAAAGUGAAUUUUGUGGCUGAUAUCAAAAACUUCGGGUUGUUUCAUAGACGGUCAAAACAAAAUGCUGCUGAGCAAAACGCAAACCAAAUCUUCUCUGUUUCAGAAGAAAUUACUCGUCAACAGGCGGCAGGACCACUUGAGAGAAAUACCCAACUGGAAUCCCAAGGAUUAGCUUCACGGGGUGACCUCAGCAUUCCUGGUCUCAAUGAACAGUGUGUACUAGUAGACCAUAGAGAAAGGAAUACGGACACUUUGGGUUUACAGGUAGGCAAGAGAGUGUGCUCCUUCAAGUCAGAGAAGGUGGUGGUGGAAGACACUGUCCCUAUCAUACCAAAGGAGAAGCAUGCCCAGGAGGAGGACUCAAGCAUAGACUAUGAUUUAAGCCCCACGGACACAACGGCCCAUGAAGAUUAUGUGACCACAAGAUUGUGACCAUGGAGGAGGAAUGUUUACCAUACCUAUACAUAUUUUCCAUAAUGCUCUGGGUGGGGAAAAUGUUUGAGAUUACAUUAUCAAAUGCUAAUUUACACUUUCUAGUGUUCAUCCAUUGUGGCAUAUUAACCUGUAACAUGUUUUUGAACAAAGCAGAGGCAACAUGAACCCUC